AUGUCUUCUCAUUGGAUUGCUGCAGGCACCUUUGACAUCAACGCAAGUGCACCAAAGACCUUCGCCAUUGACACAUGGAAAUUCUUUUACUGUCACAAUGGCCCAUAUACCACAGUUGAAGCCAGAAAUGCUCAUGAUACCGGAAGCACCAACUUACCUCAGCCACUUGCACCUCCGGCCACUCUUCCUACGGAGGAACCACAGCGUCCAGAUAUUGAAACAAUUUGGCAAGAACUACUCGUUCAAGAAGUUUCUGCACCCGCUCAAUCUGCGCAACAUGUCGUACAUCCAACGACUUCAAAUCUUGCACCGGCCCCUGCACCAACCGCAAGAGUCACCAAGGAGGAUUUAAGGGAGGACGUGGAUAUUCUACUAGAGGAGGAGUUCAAGUUCUUGAUCGCCCAGAAUCUGAGCCAAGGUGUCACAGUGGAAAUCAAUCUCGAGGUGACGAAGAAAGUGACGAGGACGGUAACGGCGCGAGUGAUGCGUCAAGUCAAAAAGGCACUGACGGUUGAAAUGAACAACUUUCUCAAGAUGACUGCAGCGAUUAUCAGGGAGGAGAGGGAUAAGGUGGCGGUGAACGUGAAGGUGAAGGAGAAGCUGCAAGGUGGUAGUGUGGGAGGGAACUCGGGGAAUUCGAUGAACUCCAACAACACCGAAGACGCGAGAAUUUGA